AUGUCUCCCACACUCGACGUCUCUGCUUACUCCAGCAAGCUCCACUUUUACCUCAACGGUACCGAGAUCAUUCUCACCAACCCCGACCCCGACACAACCCUGCUUCAAUAUGUCCGCUCCAUCGGACUCACUGGAUCCAAGCUUGGAUGCGCUGAAGGUGGUUGUGGUGCCUGCACGGUGAUGGUCUCUAGCUACGACAAGGCUACACAGCACAUUCGCCACCUGAACGUCAACGCCUGUUUGACUCCGCUCUGCUCCGUCGACGGCAAGCAUGUCAUCACCAUUGAGGGUCUCGGUGAUCACAAGAACCCUCACCCCGUCCAGGAGCGCAUUGCUCUUUGCUACGGUUCGCAAUGCGGUUUCUGCACACCCGGUAUCGCCAUGUCGCUCUACGCCCUCCUCCGCAACAACUCCACUCCCUCCGAGCACGAGGUCGAGGAGUCCUUCGACGGAAAUUUGUGUCGCUGCACUGGAUACCGCCCCAUCCUGGACGCUGCCAAAUCCUUCGCUGCUCCUGCCGGUGGUGCCAAGAAGGCUGGUGGAUGCUGCGGAGGCGCUGGUGCCAACGGUGGAUGCUGCAAGGACGAGAAGCCCGCUUUCGCUUCGACUGUUCCCCAGGAGAGCUCUGUUCGCUUUCCCUCGGUCCUCUUCAAGGCCUACGACCCCACUCAGGAAUUGAUCUUCCCUCCCAGACUCAUGAAGAAGACCGCUGAGCCCCUUCACUUCCAGGGACGCAAGGCCCAGUGGUUCCGCCCCACCAACUUGGCCCAGGUCCUCCAGAUCAAGGCUGCUUACCCUCAGGCAAAGUUCAUCGGAGGAAACACCGAGGUCGGAGUCGAGACCAAGUUCAAGUACAUGGAAUAUUCUCCCUUCGUCUACUUGCACGACGUUGCUGAGCUCCAAGGAAUCAGCAUCACCCCCGAGGGCAUCACCAUCGGCGCCAACGUCACUGUCGCCAACUUCCAGAAGGCCCUCAAGCAGGCCAUCGAGACCGUCUCCGAGGAGCAGGCCCACGUCCUCCGCGCCUUCUUGGCCAACAUCAAGUACUUUGCUGGUAACCAGAUCCGUAAUGCUGCCUCGGUUGCCGGUAACAUUGCUACCGCUUCUCCCAUCUCGGAUUUGAACCCUGUCUUUGUCGCCUCCAACUCGACCUUCAGCAUUCUCUCCUCCGAGCAGUCCGUCGACUCUACUGCUCGUGUUGUUCCUGCCACGGAGUUCUUCGUCGGUUACCGUAAGACCGCUUUGAACCCCGCCACCGACAUUUUGACCGAGAUUCACAUUCCUCUCACCCGCCCCGGCGAGUACAUCCGCUCGUUCAAGCAGGCCAAGAGAAAGGACGAUGAUAUCGCCAUUGUCACCGCUGCCAUCCGUGUCCAACUCGCCCCUGACAAUACCAUCGUCGAGACCGGCUUCGGUUACGGUGGUAUGAGCGCCUUCACCUGCCAGGCCAAGAAUGCCUCUGCCUUCCUUAAAGGCAAGACUUGGGGCGACAACGACGUUUUGCAGGGAGCUCUCUUGGCUUUGGAUCAGGAUCUUCCCAUGCAAGUCUCGACCCCUGGUGGUAUGCCCGAGUACCGUCGCACCUUGGCCAAAUCGUUCUUUGUGCGCUUCUGGUGGGAUGUCAUUGAGCAGCAGAAGUUGGAGGUUGAGCACGAGCACGGAGACAUCAGCUUGAUGACCCAGGAGAUCCACCGCGACCUUUCCUUCGGUGCUCAGAGCGAUAAGGGAACUGUUCAGUUUUCUGAGACCAAGGUUGUCUCCCAGAGCGUUGCCCACGUUGCUGCCAUGAAGCAGGUCACUGGUGAGGCUCUUUACACUGACGAUAUGCCCAGGCUCCACAACGAGUUGUACGGUGCCAUGGUCCUCUCCACCCGCGCCCACGCCAAGAUUGUCAGCAUCGAUACCAGCGCUGCCCUUGCCCACCCUGGUGUCAAGGCCUACUACGGUCACAAGGAUGUUCCCGGCAACAACGUUUGGGGUGCUGCCAUGUUUGACGACGAAGAGAUCUUUGCUUCGGAGGAGGUCCACUGCGUUGGUCAGAUUAUCGGUGUUAUUGUCGCCGACUCCCAGGUCAUUGCUCAGGAGGCUACCCGCAAGGUCAAGAUCGAGUACAUUGAUCUCCCCCACGUCGUCACCAUCGACGAGGCCAUUGCCGCCGACUCUUACAUUCCCCUCACAAAGUCGAUUGUCAAGGGCGAUGUCGAUGCCGCCUUUGCCACCUGUGCUAAGGUCUUUGAGGGCCAGACUCGCCUUGGUGGUCAGGAGCAAUUCUACCUCGAGACCCAGGCCGUUCUCGUCAACAACAAGGGUGAGGGCGAAUUUGAGCUCUAUGCCUCGACCCAGAACGCCAACGAGACCCAAGCUGUUGUCGCCAGCGUCCUCGGCAUCAGCGCUCACAAGAUUGCCUGCAAGGUCAAGCGUCUCGGAGGUGGUUUCGGAGGCAAGGAGUCCCGUACUAUCCCCCUGUCCUGUAUCAUGGCGAUCGCCUCGUACCACACCAAGAGACCCGUCCGUUGCAUGUUGGAUCGUAACGAGGAUAUGGCCAUCUCCGGUCAGCGUAACCCCUUCAUGGGCAAGUGGAAGGUCGGUCUUGACGAGAACAACAAGUUGGUUGCCUUGGACACUGAGCUCUACUUGAACGCUGGUUGGUCGUCGGAUUUGUCGGUCGCCGUCAUGGAGCGUGCUCUCGGACACAUCGACAACGUCUACUACAUCCCCAACGUCCGUGCCGUCGGUCGCUGCUGCCGCACCAACAUCCACUCCAACACUGCCUUCCGUGGUUUCGGUGGACCCCAGGCCAACGUCAUUGCUGAGACCUACAUGACCGAGGUUGCCGAGCGCAUUGGCAUGACCCAGGAAGAUUUCCGUGAGCUCAACUUUUACAAGGAGGGUCAGCUCACCCACUUCAACCAGGAGCUCAAGGACUGGCACUUGCCCAAGGGUUACUUCCAGCUCAAGGAGAAGGCUAACUUUGAUGCCCGCAGAGCCGCCGUCGAUGAGUUCAACAAGCAGUCCAAGUGGCGCAAGCGCGGUCUCGCCUUCAUCCCCACCAAGUACGGUAUCUCGUUCACGGCUCUUCACCUCAACCAGGCUGGUGCCAUGGUCCACAUCUACCACGAUGGUUCGGUCCUCCUGUCUCACGGUGGUGUUGAGAUGGGUCAGGGUCUUCACACCAAGAUGAUCCAGGUUUGCUCCGAGGGUCUUGAUAUCCCCAUGGAGAUGAUCCACAUUGUCGAGACCUCGACCGACAAGGUUGCCAACGCCUCGCCCACUGCAGCCUCGGCCUCGUCGGACAUGAACGGUAUGGCUGUCAAGAACGCCUGCGACCAGAUCAACGAGCGCCUCGAGCCCUACCGCGCCAAGGGUCUUGCCUGGAAGGAGAUUGUGCACCACGCCUACUUUGACCGUGUCAACCUCAGCGCCAACGGUUUCUACAAGGUUCCCGAUCUCGGUUACAAAUGGGGCGAGAACAAGGGCCAGCUCUUCUUCUACUUCACGAUGGGUGCUGCUAUCUCUGAGGUUGAGGUUGAUCUGUUGACUGGUGCUCACACUGUCCUCCGGUCGGAUGUCAACAUGGACUUGGGUCGCUCGAUCAACCCCUCGAUCGAUAUCGGUCAGAUUGAGGGAGCCUUCAUCCAGGGUAUGGGUUGGUCGACCACCGAGGAGUCGUUGUACUUCCCCAACGGUCGUCUCUUCACCCAGGGACCUGGUAACUACAAGAUCCCCGGCUUCCAGUGCAUCCCUCAGGAGUUCAACGUCUCGUUCUUUGAGGAUGUUACCCACGAGAGUGUCAAGACUGUGUACAAGUCCAAGGGAGUCGGUGAGCCCCCAUUGUUCCUCGGUUCCUCGGUCUACUUUGCUAUCCGCAAUGCUCUGUGGUAUGCCCGCCAGGAGAACGGCCUCCCCGGUUCGUUCUCGUUGUCGCUCCCUGCCACCCCCGAGCGCAUCCGCAUGGCUGUCGGCGACUCUAUUGCCGAGAGCUCCAAGCUCGAGGCCAAGUCUGGCGAGCGCCCAUGGGUCCUCUCCGUCUUUUAA